AGAAUGUUUAACCUGAAAUAAGUCAACCAGCCUAACUACUUAGUUACUUAUUCACCAGCUGUUUUGUUGUGUAAGCCCUCACUGUCAACUUUUCAACCACAAGUAGACUUUUAAACUUUUACGUGCCUACAAACCUGUGUGUAUGUUUGUGUUUUUUAUGUAAUUGGGACUUAUUUCCUCAUCGUAACCAGCUUGCCUCUCUCUAGCGGGGAAAUCCCAACAGAUAGAGCUGUUGAGAAGGGAGUGGUUUGCUCCAACAACAAAUUCAAAUUAAUCAGUACUUGCUUUCAGUUGGUUUCACCCCACAGAAGCUCCAGCAGCAGCGACCCACUUAACUUUGUCACCUGAGGAACCCGUCGACCAGGAAGUUGUGCCUGUUGUGGGGCAUUUUGUGUAGUCGUUCCUCAUUUCUGAUUUUGCAGUGACAAACAGAAAGGUGUGUGGCAGCGGAUAAGUUUCAGCUGAAGGUGGCGAGUCAUUUAAUGACUCCUUAAACAUGUUGGAUCCAAGAGGGAACGAGGGCAGACGAAGCCACGUUUUGUCAGCUGGGAACCAGGAUUAUAAAGAUUACGCCCAAGCUGUGUCCAAUAAGAACACCGUGAAAGAACUUCUAAUGAUGAAACGACAAGCGAUUGUAAGUGAACAGAAAUGGAACUGCUCACAAGACAACAACUUGGAGCCUGAAUUAAAAUAUACAAAAGAUGAGCCUUUCCUCUACGAUGUGAGUCCUCAUCCGUUCAACCCUCCAGCACCACUAAACCCAAAUCCCACCAUCGAGUUUCCUCCUGCAGCUCCUCAAAUUGCUGAAAAGACCCCGCAACAAGCGCAGUUUCCAGUGCAAUAUCCAGCUCUGCAGGGACAAAAAAUGAAUUUAUUUCAGUGGCAGAUUCAGCGUGAAACCCAGAAAGUUGGAGGACUUUCUGCCGAGCUGCUAAACACGCAAGAUUCAGAUGGUGACACAUUUCUCCACAUCGCGGUGGCUCAAGGCAAACGGGCUCUUGCUUAUGUGCUUGCUGCAAAAAUGGCUGGAUGUGGCGCCCUGGAUAUGAAAGAACACAACGGGCAGACAGCUUUGCAGAUCGCAGCUACCAUCGAUCACCACCUGAUUGUCCAGGAUCUGCUUUCACACGGAGCCCAGAUCAACACCAGAGACUCGUGGGGUCGAUCUCCGUUACAUGUAUGUGCUGAAAAGGGCCACGUCUUGAGUCUUCAGAGAAUCUGGAGGAACAGCGGGCAGCAAGUAGAUGUUGAAAUGUUCAACUAUGACGGUUUGACAGCACUUCAUGCAGCCGUCCUGUCCCACAACGCCGCCGUCAAAGAGAUGAGGAAAGCGGAAGAUUCGUGUUCGUACAUGGUGGCAGAGAGAGUGCAGAGGAGGCAGAUGUUAGUGGAAUGUAUUAAGAUUCUGCUGCACAUGGGAGCCUCCUAUGGGACAAAGGAUCUGAAAAGUGGACGGACUUGCCUUCACAUGGCCUGUGAGGAGGGAAACGUGGAACUGUUGAACAUGUUCCUUGAUCAGCCAAUAUCGCUGUCGAUUGUAAACGUGAAGACGUUCAGUGGAAACACGGCCCUGCACAUUGUCAGCUCUCUGCAAAAUAAUCCGACUCAAGCGGAAGCAGUGAAGCUGCUGAUGAGGAAAGGAGCCGAUCCAGGGAUCAGGAACUUGGAGAACGAGCUGCCAUGUCAACUGGUGUCUGAAGGACUCAUUGGUGAAAAGGUGUGGAAGAUCCUCAAAGGGAAACUCUUUCAUGCUUAAAGAACACUGUCAGUUAGACAGUCAACUCGACAAAGACAUUUGCUCUAACAAGGCAGAUGAAGGUUGUUUCAGUGAAACAAGAUGUUCAUUACUAUGUAGUGCACUACUGUUAACUCUCCAAUCAUCUCUUAAACUACUUUAUUUUUCUUUACACUCAGUUAAAUUUAUGACACAUAAGCAGCAUUUCCAGUCACAUUUUAUGUACACAAUGAAGCCAAUACAAAGACUCAAUUAUAAAAACAGGCCUCUGCAAGUCUGUUGGCUACAGUCCACAACCAACCACUGCAUUCAUUUCUUCUUCUUCUCCUGUGUGCUGGUGAACCACUGGUCCAGUAGCUUUUUACUGUAGUAGAUCUGCCAGCCGUGUACUUGCACAGAUAUGACGAUUACCAGGUACAUAACUGACACAGCAGAGAAACCGAAGAUGAAGCGGUAGGCUUUGCCGUGGCGAUAAAGCUGCUGAGCUACAGGGAACAUCUCCAUACCGCCGUAGAUGAGCGGGGCCACGCAGAAGAGCCCAGCGCUGAUCAUAGAAAUGACCAGGUAGCUGAUGUUGUUGCGGGGCAGCGCCAAGAAGCUGAAGACUGUGGGGAUGAUGCUGAGGAGGUAGGGGUACUCCCACUGGUAUGGAGAGGCCACCACCUUGUGGGACACCAGGCUCAGCUGGCUCACCGUCACCUGAUCAAGAAAAGACAACUGUGGAGCUCAGCUCUUACAGCAGUUAGAAAAACAGCGAAACACUAAAGGUUUGCUCUUACCUGAGCUGCCAUGAGCACCCAGAUCAGCAAAUGGACAAUGUUGAGUUUACGGAUUUCAGACUUCAAAGCAACACUGAGUGCAGAAUAACAGAGAUAGAACAGUUACAUUAAAGGUUGACUGCACCAAUCAAUUUUAAACUUCUAAAAGCUACUAAAUUCUCAAAACAACAAUUGAAAUUUUGCAGAAAAACCUACUUUUACUAGACAUACUUCCGUGAAAUGUAGCUCUAUGAAACUAAAGUGUUUUUUUUUUUGGCUUUUUUGCAUUUGCCCAGACUAAGUAGUUUGGGCUGUGCCGUGUAUUGUUGAAUCACACAAGACUUUAAGGCUGUGACCUACAUGUUGCUCUAAUCAGUUCUCUAAUAUCUAAAAAAACAAAACAAAAAAAAAAACAACUACUAUCUUGUUUCUUUAAGCUCACAGAUAUAAAGUCUUGUGAAAAAGUUACAACUAAUUUCUUUUAGAAUGUUUUCAAACAUGCAAACAUUUAAUCCUUUUGUAAACAGUGUCAACAGAUGCAGGUCACUCAUGCUUCAACUACUGGAUCAAGGCUGAGUUACAGAUUUAUAUCCCUGUAUUCUGUGAUGCUGUUAUAUUUCACUGUGUUGUACAUAAACUAACCUCAUCUGAUAGUGAGCAGCAACCCGCUCCCGGUGCUGGAAAUCACUGCCAUCUGUGCCAGCUGCUCUCGGACCUGCUCGAGAAGCCAUAAUGGAUAUCUGAAAGCAAAAAACACACACAAGUUCAACCUUGGACUUUUCUUUCAAAAGUGGUUUCACACCUCUGGUUAUAGCUGUAUCAUCCAGUAUGUGUGUAAUAUAUGUAGUAUUGUUUCUGAUGUUCAUGGAAUGCAUGUUUAAUAUCCUUGUGUAUGCUGUAAUUAACACAAAGAAUAGUUUUAAAUAUAAAAUAAAGAAAUUCUGUAUCGCUGGUA